ACAGCCAGGCCCCCCUCUCUUUCCUUUCCUUUCCUUUCCUUCCUCUCCAAAUAAAUCCCACGCUCCCUUUUCCUUUACUUCCUUCCUUUCCUCCCACAUUCUCCCCUCUCUCUCUCUCCUUCUCUCUCUCUCUACAUUUCUGAUCCUCAGAAGAAGAAUAAGAACUCUCAGUUCUGCCUGUAUUAAACAAUAAGGAGAAGGAGAAGGAGAAGGAGAGAAUUCAUCUCUCUCUAGCUUUGGUCAUAUGAUUUCUUCCCACUAGUUAACUUUCCUCUUACUCAUCAGUUUCUCCAAAGGAUAUAACAUCAAGAGAAUUGCAUUCCCUUAAUUAAAAAAGGAUGCGUCCUCCUCCCAACUCAUCAACAUUCAAGCGGGAGUUCGUCAAGAAAUGGCUACUCGCACUCCAACUAUGCAACCACAACAACAACAUCAACAAAAACGACGUCGUAAAGAGAAAGGACACGAUCAAGCUCUCCGCCGAAAUCGCCAUGGCCUCCGUCAGAAACGGCGCCACGUGCUGGAGCCGGGCCCUCAUGGCCAAACACUCCUCCUCCUUCCACGUCACCACCAAACCCCACCACAUGCCGCCGCCGCCGCCGCCACGUCACUACAAGAAGAGGGUCCGGUGCAAGAAGAUCAUAAAGCGGAGCCGGAGGUGCUGCCACAAUAGGUCCGCCGCCGCCGCCGUGGUGAGGCGGAAGACGGCGGUGCUGAGGAAGCUGGUCCCCGGCGGGGAGUUGAUGGACGACGAGGCGUCGUUGAUAAGGGAAACCCUAGACUACGUGAUGUCACUCCGGGCUCAGGUCGACGUCAUGCGGAGGCUGGCUAGAGCUAGCGAUUGUGUCGCGAUGUGUAAUAUUGUGUAAUGAUCAAGAGGGAACUCAUUAAGUUAUUAUUAAUUCUCUUAGUGGGUUGUUUGAUGAUAUAUAUAAUUAUAUAUGCUAUUGUUAUUGUUAUCAUUAUAGAUAUGUAAUAUAUAUGUAGCUAUAGUUAUCGUUUUGGGGAAGAUCAUAUGAGAAAUGGAAUGGAAGAAGAGGCUGGAGCUAUAUAUAGAUAUAUAUACCUUAAUUUAAGGGCAUGUACAGUCUACAUUUGAAGCAUAUAUAUAUAUUAUGAAUUUUGAUUAUAUAUAUA